UAAAGAUGGUUGCAUGUUGAAAAGAAAUCUGAAAGUAAAAAGUUUUAUUUAGAAUAACAUCUAUGAUAGAGAGCACAAUAAGAAAAGUAAUAUCUAAGGAUACAUUAUUUAGAUAAUGAAGGAGUAUAAGGAUGUCUAAUAAUGAAGAUACACCUCAAAAUAAUGAAGUAAACAAGGAAAUUGAACUUAAAGUCGAAGCUGUGGCCACUGUGGGUGACAAGCCAACAACAGAAACUGAAAUAGAGGAAGGAAAUCCCCCAGAAAUUAAACUGAAUGACGAAACUUAUUCAAAAGCAGAUUCUUGCAAUGAGGAUGAACCCAUGCAAGUGGAUGAUGCGAAUUCAGAUCAGAUAAGUGACAACCUAAUCGGUAAUACAGAUGAUUAUUAUGCGAGUGGGGGCAGUGGAAGUGAAAAGGAGUUGCGAGCACUGAAACAUGAUCAUGAAGAUGUGAAAACGAAGUCCAAAAAAGUUGUUAAAUCUAAAACGCGAGGUAAAACAUUAAAGAACCAGAAGUUGAUGACUGAUUACGUACGGCCAACUUCCAAAGAAAACGUUUCUGGUGUAAAUCAAAGUAAAAACUCAGAUUCUGGUUCCAGUAGUGCCAGUAGUGAUACAGAUAGAAUUAGUAAUACCGAGAGUGACAAAGAAAAAGAGAAAGAAAAACCUGUCAAAACAAAAAAGAAGAAAAUGGGAAAUGCCAUUAAAAACCGAAAUGCUGCAAAGCGAAUUAUGACCAGAUCUAAAAAUAAAAGUUCUGACAGUGACGAGGAUGCUUGGGAAAGACCAAGUAGAUUGUAUAAGAGGUGGAGUGACCGAGAUACAGAAACAUACAGAAAUGGCUAUCCUGGCAAGAAGGAUGAUCCAACAGCCGUAUCAAAUAUGGAGUUUUAUAAAAACCAAAUAUAUUCCCGACCAGAUGGUGAUAAAAUAGAUGAUAUACACAAGAAAUGGUGGGGUAAUUUUGGUUUAUUAGAAGGACAUCAUGGUUAUAUUCAAUGGUUGUUUCCAAUCAGAGAAAGUGGAAUGAACUACCAUGCUCAAGAACUUCAGUUACAUGAAAUUAAGGCGAUAGUACAAGAUAAAAAGGCACACGCCCGGGUUCUCAAGUCUUAUGAAAUGAUGUUAGAUUUCUAUGGAAUGAAAAUAAUUGAUGAGAAGACGGGAGAGAUUGGAAGGGGAGAUAACUGGCAGAGUCAGUUUGCUCAUUUAAACAGAUCAAUGCACAAUUAUCUGAGAAUAACAAGAAUACUGAAAUCCCUGGGAGAAUUUCAAUAUGAACAUUACAAGGCACCAUUUGUGAAAUUUGUGAUGAAAGAAGCAUUGGAAGAAAAGACAUUAAAGAAUGUUAUAAACAGUUGUAUGAACUAUUGGGUUGGAACUAUAAAAGAUGACAAAGAACGACAAGAACUUCGAAAAUAUGCAAUAGAUAGAGGAUAUAAAGACACCAAAUAUUAACUUUAGGUCUCUUAGCAGACGGUCACGAGUUACUUCACAGCUAGCUUUGGGAGUAUCGUAAAUUAAGGGUGUAUAUACAUACUCUGACCCUUAUUUCCGUGUUUUUUUGUUUGUGUUAGAAAAUAUAUCUAUAUUUCACAAGUCACAGAGAAUUGAAAAUAUUAGAUAGGAUGCAGACUUUUUUUUUUUUUUUUAAUUCAGAUGUUAGAAUGAAAAUUGAAAAUAUUGGAUAAAAUGCAGAAUUGUUUUGUUAUAAUUUCAGAUGUUUAUAUGAGAAUUGUAAACUUUGAUAAUAUAAUAGAAUUUAGUAAUAGCAUUGGAGAUAUUAUUCCCAUUGUUUUAAUUUUUUUGACCAUUGAAGUUAAUCUUAAAAGCUAGAUGCGACAUUUUAGCAUUAUAGGAAUCACUUGCAAACUACAAUAUCAUAAGAAUGGUUCAGUUUUGUUCAGUAUAUACAAUGUGGAAUCAAAAUUUCAUCGAUCUUUGGGGGGUUGGAUGGCUGAAUGGUUAGCAUGCGUGCGCUGUAUCAUUAAGUCUGUCAUUGAGUCGACUGGCGUGGUUUCGAAUCCCCGGUUGUACGUGACAAGGAGUAGGGUCACCUGUCCAACCUCGUGGGUUUUCUCCUGGUCCUCCGGUUUCCUCCCACUGCUAAAGACCCCUACGCGCAAGCGAAUUGUUGAAAUAAAAUUUAAAAAACCAUAUGUUAGUCCCUAAAUGACCUAGUUUGUGUCGAGUGGACAUUAAACCCCAUUUCUCUCUCUCUCAUCGAUCUUUACUGCUUGCUACAUAUAAUAAGUCUACCGCAAUUUUGUUGUCCACAGAAAUUUAUUGGUAGGCCGGGACAUUAUCUAUUAAUGGUAUUUUGAUUUUGUUUUCUUAAUUUAAAGUAAAGUAAUCAAUCAAAGUACAUAUUAAUAUAAUUUGAUAUUUUAAUGAAAAUGCAAAUGAUGCAUCGUUACUUUAAGAUCUACUUUGUAGUGUGGGGGGUGGGGGUGGCCGAACUGAAUCUCUCAGUUUAUAGAGUAUAUUAUUAUAUUAGAAACAACUAUAUCUCUCCAUCAAUACAUUCUAAGGAAUUUGUAUGUCAGUUAUUUAUAAAAUAAUUUAUUUUGAUUGGUAUGAUUGUUUAUCUUUGCUUCACUUCCCUCACUGCUUUUAUAUAUGUAUGUUUUUGUUUUAUAAUAAGUAUAGUAUUUGAAAUGAACGGCUGUAUUAAAUUUGAGUUAAAAGAGAAGUGGCUUUAACAUACAUGAGAGAUGUUGCUGAUGUCCCACUCAGUAUACAGGUCACUCACGUAUACAUUUUUAUUUUAAAACGUUGUACCAAUUCUGUAUUCUGAGGUUUUAACUUGUAUAUAAAGACCACUCCACUAUUAAGGCCAAUUUAUAUUAGUCCAACAUCUUGUCUUAAUAGCAAGAUUUUACUGUAGUGGCCCAUAUUGAGAUUCAGGAUACUGAUAUUGUCAGUUUUUGACCAACUUGUAUAUUUGUUUACUGCAUUUUUAGUGUUACUAUUCCUGGUAGCUGCAUUUAGUCAGCAUCAAACAGCUAAGAUAAAUACAGUGUAUUUUUUAUACAGAACAUAAAGCCAAACUUAUUUUAGUUAGUUCAAGGCAGGGUAUGCUUACAUGUUUUAGAACACCUGAUGUCACUUCUCAUUGUUUUAUGGGAUUCCACAUUGAUUGAAAUUUUUGUUGUACUAUUAUUAUUUUAUCAGAUUUAUAAAUGAAUGAAUUUGUAGGGAUUCAAGAUGAUAUUUUAAUCAUACAACAGAUUGUACUCUUACACUGCAACUGUAAUAUAUUAUGUAUUGCAGUAUACAGUGAAGAAGGUAUUACAUCUUUUGGAGUGAAUAAAUUUAAGUGAUUAAAACAUAAGUAUUCUAUAAUGUGAUCACUUAUACAUGAAUAUUUCAUUAUCAACAUACAUUGAGCAUUUCUGACAGAUUUUGUAAAUAGGCAAAACAGAACCUUAUUCAUGAAUAUUUAAGCUAAGAUAUUUUAAGAAUACAGUCUGUCCAUGGACAGAGAGUUAAAAAUCUUUGCACAGAUGCUACAUUCUUAGUUCGUAGUUUUGGGUGAAAUAUAGAUAAAGAUUUGAAUUAGGUUGAUCUUAUGUAUUAGUUUGAGUAAUGUUGGGCUAGCUCUAUACAAUUACAUUAUUGUUUCAAAAUAUGGAGAUCAUCUUUUUUCUUAUCAGUUAUGGUUUAAUUUAUAGCCUAGGCAACUGUUUCGACAUUGGACUACAAAAUCUCAACACUACCUGUAACAAUACAUGUCAAAUUGUAAAUUAACACAUAUUGUCAUCCCAUACAAAAAAAUCAACAAAUAAAAUCUAAUGAAAUUAACAGUUUAUUUUUGACCCAAAUUAAAUAGGUCCACCGGUAGUGAUUUUAAAAUAUUUUGGUUUUAAUUUUUUUUUGAAUAAGGACCAGUUGUGUAUGUUCUGAGAAUCACAGAUUCAUUGUUUAUGUUGUUGUGGAUAGGUCUCUUUCAUAGAACGAUGGCAGAUGAGACACCUAAUCCAUGGAAAAAUGGAAAAUAUAUCAUAGGGAAGUUUAAAAACUGUGCUCAAAGCAAUAACUAUACCAGAUGGUUCAUUAAAGCAAACAUAACAUCUCUGUUGGUCAAACCAAAUAUUCAUCAAUUCAUUAAUUAAAAGUUUGUAUAAUUGUAUAUUUAUUAUGGGAUUAUACAUAAAAACAUCGAAAAGAAAUAAUAUUUUUUUUACUUGAUUUCAAAAAAUGAUGUUUUUACCUGGAAAUACAUUUCUAACUGGUGUUUAUCUAUCCAAAUGAUACUUUAUAAUUUAUGGUGUUGUUAAUAUUAGGUCUUAUAAGAGAAUCAAGAAUUUUGUUAUUUACAAUAAAAGUUGAUAGACUAACAACUGUGAAUAUAUACAUAUAUUGUUGAUAAUUAUAUUUUAUUAUUGGAUUAAAUAUUGGGUGUUAAUUUGGAUACUACUUUGUCAUGAGAACACCCUUGGAGUAGAGGGGGUUGGAUGGCCGAAUGGUUAGCACGUGCGCGCUGUAUCAUAAGGUCUGUCAUUGAAUCAACUGGCGUGGUUUUGAUUCCCUGAUUGUACGGGAGUCGAUCCUAGUGGGUUUUCUCCUCCCACUGCUAAAGACCCUUACGCGCAAGCGAAUUAUUGAAAUGAAAUUGAACCAUGUGUUCGUCCCGAAAUGACCUAGUUUGUGUCGAGUGGACGCUAAACCCCAUUUCUCUCUCUCCCUUGUAGUAGUUUAUUACUGUAGACUUAUGGGCUUUGAAUUUGAGUUUUUUUCUUGAUUAACUGGCAGUGAUAUUAACCUUCUGGAGAACUGAUCUGUCAGUCAUGCUAUAUCAGUAGAAUUUUAAAGAAAUUAACCCUAAAACACAAUAAAUUCAGUUAAAUUUAUAUGUGUUAUGUGUAAAAGAAACUUUUAAAAAAUAUACAUAAAAAUUGAGUUAGUUCUAAACUUAUCUGUCUAAUCGAAGGUGAACAAAAUAGUCAAAAAGUGACCGGGUAGAAAAGUGAUGACACUACACAAUAUUGUUCUUUAAUCGCUAGAAUAUCUCUUUAAUUCAAAGAUUGUAUAUUUAAAGCUACACAAAUAUUGUUUUAUUUUGUACAUAUAAAGUCACCCAAUGAUAUUUUAUUGUUUGAGUUUGUAUUUGGUUUUUAUAUUUAUUAAGGAAUGAAUUAAAGAUGGGCCAGGAACAGAUGUAAACUUGUGUUAAUAGGAACAAACUAGUUAGAGUUUAAAACUUCUCUGAUUGAAAGAUGGAUGGCCAAAACAUAUUACUUUCCUGUGCACAUGUAUCUUUUUGCUUAUAGUGUGUAUAUGCCCCUCGAAAUGUAUUUACUCUGGUUGCCUCCUGUAGCGAAAUUUGUAUCGAGUGGGUGUUGAACCCUAUUUUUCUUUCUCACUGUCUCCUAGAAAUAUCUCAGUGGGGAUCUGAAUGGGAUCUGGGGUUGUAAUAGCUUGAUGUAGUAGAGUCAGAUAUAAUACAAUGUAACUUAUCAUCAUACUAGCAUGAAUAGACCUUAUUAUUAUUAUUAUUAGAGACAGAGAGAUCAUUGUUUUUUUUUUUAAAGAAUAAACUUAUCAUGUAUGAUAUAUUAUUAAUUGUUUAUAGUAUCAACUUUGAAUUUGUAAUAUUAGGGAAUUCAUUGUCAAUAAAAUGAACCAUAAGAAACUAUAAUUGUCAAAUAGGAGAAGGCUUACAAUAAAGCUGUUUUAUUUAUUA